AUGUCCCAGAAUAAGGUGGGCAUGUCAAAACAGCACAAGCUGCUUCCUAAUACCAGCAAAAGUAUAAACCCUGAGUGUGAUUGGAAGACAAAAGUUGAAGAUAUCUUACCUGUAAUUCACGAAGAUAUUGCAAUUGGCAACUUUGUGUCUUUUGUUAUUUUGGCAUUGCAAGAAAUUUUAUUUAACAAAUUUCCAGAUGAGGAAAUAAGUGCCUACAUUGUGCCUAAAUUUAUCCAGCAGUAUUUUGCAUUUGAAUUUGCUCUUAAUGAAAUAAACAAAAAUAUGUAUCUAUUAUCCAAUGCCACAUUGGGUGGACUGACAGCUCAAAAGGCUUACAAUGAAAUGGGAACAUGUUCUGGGACUAUGGGCCUCCUUUUCAUGGGAGAUGGGAAUCCUCCCAACUAUCUCUGCAACAGGAAGUACAAGCUGAUGGCCAUCAUUGGUGGGCUCUCCUCCCACAAUUCCAAGCAAAUGCCUCACAUCUUGAAUAUCUAUAAGAUGGCACAGUUCAGUUAUGAUUCAUUUGACCCUGCAUUAAAAGAUAAAGCUCAGUUUCCUUCUGUUUACCGAAUGAUUCCAAAUGAAAGUAUUCAACAUUUUGCGAUUCUAAAACUGCUGAAGCAUUUUGGAUGGACCUGGAUUGGCCUCAUUGUUUCAAAUGAUGACAAUGGAGAAAUGUUAUUGAGAACUUUGAUUCCUCAGCUACUCCAGAGUAGCAUUUGUUUAGCUUUCAAGGAAAUUAUUCCAACAAUGAAACAGCACUGGGAAGGAUAUAUAGAAGACAAAAUACCUUACAAUUAUAAAUUAUCAAGAAUGCAUUUGAUUCUUUCAUCAGCUGAUACAGAUGUGAUUCUUGUUCAUGGGGAUUCUCGAUCUAUGGAGGGCUUGCGGGUGAUUCUAUAUUUCAAUGAGUUUGUUGAAAUGAAGCCAACAGAGAAGAUUUGGAUCAUCACAGCUCAGUGGGAUUUUGCAUCCACAAUCUUAAACAAAUUUUUCACCCCCAGAUCCUUCAAUGGCACCCUGUCCUUUGCACUGCCCACAAAAGAGGUAGAAGGCUAUCUAGAAUAUCUAAACACAAUAAAUCCAAGGGAAAAUUAUGUUGCAACUAUCCUUUGGGCCAAUGCCUUUCUAUGCUCAUUUCCCCAAUAUAGCACUAAUAUCCACAGUCUCAAUGCAACCAACUGUACUGGGGAGGAGAAACUGAACAGCCUACCAGAAUCUGUCUUUGAAAUGAGAAUGACUGGUCAGAGUUACAGUAUCUACAAUGCUGUUUAUGCCAUCGCACAUGCUCUUCAUGCCAUGCUUUCUUCAAGAUCAAAGCAUGAAGCAUGGGGUGAUAGAAGGACACAGGAUUGUCAGAAAAUCCAGCCCUGGCAGCUUCAUCCCUUUCUGAAACACAUUCGUUUCAACAAUAGUGCUGGAGAGGAAAUAUUUUUUGAUGAGAAUGGGGAGCUGGAAACUGGAUAUGAUAUCAUCAACACAGUCACCUUCCCCAAUCGAUCCAUGCAUAGAGUUCAUAUUGGAAGAUCUGACCCACAGGCUCCUUACGGGAAAGACUUCAUUAUCUAUCAAAACUCAAUUUUGUGGAACCACAAUUUUAUUCAGAUGCCUCCCAGAUCCAGAUGCCAACCUGGGCAGAGCAAGACCAUGCAUGAGGGGAGAGAGAUCUGUUGUUAUAACUGUCCACAGUGUCCUGAAGGAAUGGUUUCAAAUCAGACAGAUGCAGAAAAGUGCAAUAAGUGCCCAGAUGAUCAGCAUCCAAACAAGAAUCGAGAUCAGUGCAUCCCCAAAUAUGUAAACUACCUGUCAAUUGAAGAACCUUUGGGAAUGGUUUUGGUUUCGCUGGUUCUUUCCUUUUCCUUGAUGACACUUGUGAUGAUGUGGAUCUUCUUUCAGCACAAGAACACUCCUAUCAUUAAAGCCAAUAACUGGACUAUUACCUGUAUCCUCCUCUUUUCUUUGCUUCUUUGCUUUCUUUGCUCUUUCCUCUUCAUUGGCAAGCCUGGGGUUAUGUCUUGCAUUCUACGACAAACAUUGUUUGCCAUUGUUUUUUCUAUUGCUGUUUCUUCAGUUUUGGCCAAAACCCUUACAGUGGUUCUGGCCUUCAUGGCUACCAAACCAGGAAACAGGAUGAGAAAAUGGUUAGGAAAGCAUUUGGCAGUCUCAGUCAUUAUUCUUGCAACUCUGACUCAAACUGCCAUUUGUGUCAUAUGGCUGGUCAUCUCUCCUCCAUUCCCAGAAUGGGACAUGCAGUCCCAAGUGAAUCAUAUCAUAGUGCAAUGCAAUGAAGGCUCAGAUAUGAUGUUCUACAUUGUGCUCAGCUACAUGGGACUUCUGGCCUUCAUCAGCUUGACUGUUGCUUUCUUUGCCAGGAAGUUGCCUGAUACUUUUAAUGAAGCCAAGCUGAUCACCUUCAGCAUGCUGGUCUUUUGCAGUGUUUGGGUGUCUUUUGUCCCCACUUACCUGAGCACCAAAGGGAAAUAUAUGGUGGCUGUGGAGAUCUUCUCCAUCUUGGCCUCUAGUUCUGGAUUGCUGGGUUUCAUUUUUCUGCCUAAGCUCUAUAUUAUUUUACUGAGACCUGAGCUCAAUACCAGGGACCAACUGGUGAGGAACAAGAAUCCUGCUACUUACUGA